UGGUGAGGUAUGUGAAAAGUUAUUUAGAGAAAAUUGCAUUUUAAGUUGUAGAUUGUAGAGAUACAGUGCUUGUUCACACAGUAGAAAAUGCAUGUGUAAUAUAUCUAAAUUAUUUAGUAGAAAGCACAAUUUAAACAUAUAUAUGCAUAUUUACAUUGGAAAGAAACCCACUAUUUGUGAAGUCUGUAACAUUUCAUUUAGGUUUAAGGGUAAAUCAUGUAAAUGCAUGUUUAUGCCUAGUGGAAAGAAACUUUGCAUCUGAAGUUAUGUGUUAGUCAUUUAGAAAAGAGUAACAUGUUUAUUCUGAUGGGUGAGAAACCUCAUAUGUGUGAGGUAUGUAAACAAUCAUUUAAAGACAAAUGUGAUUUAAAUAGACAUAUGCUCAUUCACACAGAGAAACCUCAUUUAUGUGAAGUAUGUAAUAAGUCAUUUAAAAAUAAGAGUUACUUAAGUGUUCAUAUGCUCAUUCAUACAGGUGAAAAACCUCAUUUAUGUGUAGUAUGUAAGAAAUCAUUUAGACAAAAGUGUGAUUUAUAUAAACACAUUGGUAGUCAUACAGGAGAAAAACGUCAUACAUGUGAUGUAUGUAAAAAAUUAUUUAGAAGAAAGCAGAAUUUGAAUGUUCAUAUGCUUAUUCACACUGGAGAGAAACCUAAUAUGUGCAAGGUAUGCAAUACUUCAUUUAGAUUUAAAUUUUCUUUACGUUCACAUAUGCUUAUUCACACAGGAGAGAAAGUUCACAUAUGUGAGAUAUGUGAAAGGUCAUUUAGUCGUAAGGCUUACUUAAACUCACAUUUACUUAUUCACACUGGAGAGAAGCCUUACAUGUGUGAAAUAUGUAACAAAUCAUUUAGAGUAAAGAGUGGUGUAAAAUCACAUAUGCGUACUCAUGCAGAAGAGAGGCCUUAUGUAUGUGAAGUGUGCAACAAAUCAUUUAAAUUCAAGGAUUAUUUAAGCAAACAUAUGCGUAUGCACACUGGAGAAAAACCUUAUGUGUGUGAGAAAUGCAACAAGUCAUUUAGAUUAAAGUGUAAAUUAAAUAACCAUAUGCAUAUCCAUACAGAUGAAAAACCUUGUGUGUAAGUUAAGCAACAGUUCAUUCAGAUUAAAAGUUUUGAACAAACAUUAUGCUUAUUCACACAGGAGUGACAAUGUAAGGUAUUAACAGUUCAUUCAGAUCGGAGGAUCCUUUAAACAAGUACAUGUUUAUUCUUACAGGACUCAAAAGUUGGUAUGUGAACUUCUCUACAAAUCACUUGAAUGAAUGCAUAGUUUGAAGAUAUAUGGGCUUCCCUGCUUAAAAUACAUUACCAGUGUGUCUUACUUUUUUGGAGAGAAAGCUUCUUUAAUGAGAAUAUUUGCUUAUGUAUGCUGGAAAGAAUUGUCUGUACAGCCGAAAAUUCUUUUUUACAGAAAUUUGGCAACCAGCUCUACGAUGGAGGAGCCAUGCAUCUAUUUUAAUAUUAUUUCUUCCUGCUUUUAAUUCUGAGGAAAAUUACUAUUCAGUAGAAUUUUUCAGUUUUGUUUCUGAGCAUUUCAAUUCAUGGAAAAUACUUUACCUUAGAGGUACGAACAAAAAACAUAAUUACGUGUUUAACAGAGAAGGGUGGCUACCUCUGGCAGUAAUUUGAUACAAUUAGUUUUUCUUUAUUUUGGAUGGAAAAUGCUUUGCAAUAUCUUUUAAAAUAGCUUUGAAGUUUUUUUUUUUUUUUAUUCCUAAGGUACAACUCUCCCCUUCCACAUCAACACUGCUAAGUAGAGUUUCAAAUGGUGUCUUACUACAUACCCCCCCCCCCCAAUUUUUUUUUUUUUUUUUUUUUGUUCUGCCAUUUUAAAGAACCCCAUAUCAGCUCGAUAGUUUGUGAACUCCAGAAUGCAGAUUCACAAAAUUAAAUUCAUAGUUCACUUUAAAGAGCUCAAAACUAGCCUUUUGGGAUUCUGUUUUAGAGGCGGUGCAGGAGUCUCGAUAAAUAGUAUCUUUUUUUGAUAUUUUCUUUCACUACAUUUAACAAAAAUGUGGCUUUUCGGUUGGGUACUGUAACAAGAAUGAUUUCUUAAGUUUCCCAUGUCUUUCAAAUGUCACAAUGCAUUCUUCAAUCGACUUAAAUAAAAUUUCAUUUCAUGUAAAUUCAAACAUUGAUGGUUAGUUACCCAGCAGUAUGUUAUGCUCUUGUAAGGAACUAAUAGCAUCACUGUCAUUAUUCGGUAGCUGUCGCAGAUCCAUGAUUGAACUUUAAACUUUGAACAAAAAACUCUGUUCGUAAAAUUUCUGCUUAUGGGUGUUCUUAAAAUUUAUCAAUGGCAUAUGGUUGCACUAGUGAUUAAUUUGUAUUAUGUUGCCAUAGCUGGCAACUAGUAGCUCUUUACAGGUAAAUUUUGGCAUUUUCUCUGUUAACAUACAAGUGCUCAAAAAAUUGCUUAACCUUCUUGAAUAUAGUUAUGUAAGUCUGAAGACAAAAGAAUUUAAAACUUCAUUAGAAAUUUAAAAUUUUAAAAAUAAAAUUUAUGUUUUUAUGCA